GGGGGCGGGGCUGGGAACAGGUGUGCACCCGCUUUUCUUGCCCGGGAGCCCCGACCUUGGCUCAGCCCGCCUCUUCGUUCUGGGGCUGGGAGGAGGAAGGGGUCGUGGGCCUACGAGGCCGUUGGACUCUGGCACCCGGUUCCGUCACGUGGCAGGUCUGCGUGGAAAGAACAGGUGAGGCCCUACCCCUCUGUGGCUGGGUCACGUGAAGCGAGGGCACAGUUGCAGACGUUCCAUGUCCCGUCCCCCUGUGCCAGCCCCCAGGACCUGAGCAGCGGUCUUGCAGUAGCCUAUGUGCUGAACCAGAUAGACCCUUCCUGGUUCAACGAGGCAUGGCUUCAGGGCAUCUCAGACGACCCAGGUCACAACUGGAGACCAAAGGUUGGCAAUCUGAAGAUGAUUUUACAGAGCCUGGUGGAAUACUCUCAGGAUGUCCUGGGACACCCUGUGUCUGAGCACCACGUCCCAGACGUGAGCCUCAUUGGCAAAUUCUCAGACUCUGCAGAGCUUGGCAAGCUGCUUCAGCUGGUGCUGGGCUGUGCCAUCAGCUGCGAGAAAAAGCAGGAGCACAUCCAGAGAAUCAUGACACUGGAGGAAUCGGUUCAGCAUGUGGUGAUGGAAGCCAUCCAGGAGCUCAUGACCAAAGACACCCCAGACUCCUUGGGCCCGGAGACAUAUGGGAACUUUGACAGCCAGUCCCGAAGGUACUACUUCCUGAGUGAGGAGGCUGAGGAGGGGGAUGAGCUGCAGCAGCGCUGUCUGGACCUGGAGCGGCAGCUGGUGCUCCUGUCAGAGGAGAAGCAGAGCCUGGUGCAGGAGAACGCGGUGUUGCGAGAGCGAAUGGGCCAGCCUGAGGGUGAGGGAGCCAUGGGCCUCACUGCCAAGAAGCUGCUGCUGCUGCAGUCCCAGCUGGAGCAGCUACAGGAGGAGAACUUCAGGCUGGAGAGCAGCAGGGAGGACGAUCAUCUACACUGUGUUGAGCUGGAGCGGGAGGUCACGGAGCUACAACAGCGGAACCAGGCGCUGACCAGCCUGGCCCAGGAGGCACAGGCCCUGAAGGAUGAGAUGGAUGAACUGCGGCAGUCCUCAGAGCGGGCUGGGCAGCUGGAGGCCACACUGAGCGGCUGCCGGCGCCGCCUGGGCGAGCUGAGGGAGCUGCGGCGGCAGGUGCGGCAGCUAGAGGAGCGCAACGCCGGCCACGCCGAGCGCACGCGGCAGCUGGAGGAGGAGCUGCGCCGGGCCGGCUCGCUGCGGACCCAGCUGGAGGCGCAGCGGCGGCAGGUGCAGGAACUGCAGAGUCAGAGGCAGGAGGAAGCCAUGAAGGCCGAGAAAUGGCUCUUUGAGUGCCGCAACCUGGAGGAAAAAUACGAGUCAGUGACAAAGGAGAAGGAGCGGCUGUUGGCGGAGCGCGACUCCCUGCGAGAGGCCAAUGAGGAACUGCGCUGUGCCCAGCUCCAGCCGCGGGGGCUGUCCCCAGCCGACCCAUCACUAGAUUCCACCUCGGCAGCUGUGGAAAACUUAGCAGCAGAGAUCCUGCCUACUGAGCUCAGGGAGACGCUCUUGCGGCUUCAGCUGGAGAACAAGCGGCUGUGCCAGCAGGAGGCGGCGGACCGUGAACGGCAGGAGGAACUACAGCGCCACCUGGAGGAGGCCAAUCGCGCGCGCCACGGGCUGGAGACGCAGCACCGGCUGAACCAGCAGCAGCUGUCAGAGCUGCAGGCCCAGGUGGAGGAACUGCAGAAGGCCCUGCAGGAGCAGGGGGGCAAGAGCGAGGAUCCUACCCUGCUGAAGAGGAAGCUGGAGGAGCAUCUGCAGAAGCUGCACGAGGCAGAUUUGGAGCUGCAGCGGAAGCGUGAGUACAUCGAGGAGCUAGAGCCACCUGCCGACAGCAGCACAGCCCGGCGCAUUGAGGAGCUGCAGCACAGCUUGCAGAAGAAGGAUGCAGACUUGAGGGCCAUGGAGGAGCGGUACCGCCGUUAUGUGGACAAGGCGCGGACGGUCAUCCAGACCCUGGAACCCAAGCAACGGCCACCUGGGGGUGCACCCCCAGAACUCCAUGACUUGCAGACACAGCUCCGGGAGCGGGACUUCCGCAUCCGGCACCUGGAGCAGACGGACUUUGAGAAGAGUCGAAGUCAGCGGGAGCAGGAAGAAAAGCUGCUAAUUAGUGCCUGGUAUAAUAUGGGCAUGGCCUUGCAGCAGCGAGCUGGGGAAGAACGGGCACCUGCCCAUGCCCAAUCCUUCCUGGCACAGCAGCGGCUGGCCACCAACACUCGCCGUGGACCCCUGGGACGCCUGGCAUCCCUGAAUCUGCGUCCCAGUGACAAGCACUGAUGGGCCUCUGGAUCCUGCUCUCUGCCCAGACAGCCAGGGCUUAAUCCACACUGGGUUCCCACACCUCACAUGAUGCCCCAGUAUCAGGCCUUGGCCAGCUACUUGGAGCCUUGGAGUUAUGACCCCUGACCCUUGCUCUCCCAGAUUGGGGGAGGCGGGGCAGGAGGCAGAUAUAGGCCUGUUUUUUUUUAGCUAGCGAUGUUAUUCUUAUCCUUGAUUCUCUCUUUGGGGUUAAUGAACUGGAGAGGGUCUGAUUUUAUAUCUGAGACAAAGAAUAAUAAAGACUUUAAUUCUGCCCUUCCUGGACUCUGGUCUCCGAGGUAAAGGGAAGUAUAGGUGGGCUGGGGACUCAACUUCCUUUCCUCUCUGCUGUACCAUUGCUUUUAAGAAAGGGCUUGGCUUGUGUUCUUACUAAAGUGUGAGUGAGUGGUAGCAUCCAAUGGGAGGUGAAGAUCAUGAAGCUCAUGUUAGUGUCUGUGUGUGUGUGUGUAUGUGGUGAUGGUGGCAUUUGGAGAAUCUUUAGGCAAAAAUCUCUGCCUUCGCGAAGCCGACGUUUCCUAUGAAGGGAGACAGGCGAUAAAUAAAUAUAAGUUUGAUAUGAGAAGUGUCAGACAAAUAAAGCCGGAAAGAAUGAUGGGGGUGCAGGAGAUGGAUUUUAGAUGUGAACAUUUUUAAUAAAAGGCCAUGAAAGGAGACCUCACCAAGGAGGUGACGUGUGCAGGAGGUGUGGGAGUAGCCAUGUGGAUAUGGGGUGGGGGGGGGAACAAUCCAGGUAGAGGGAACAGCAAGUGCAAAGGCCCCAAGGGGGGACCUUGAAGGCCUAGAGGUACAGUGAGGAGGCCAGUGUGCCUGGAGAGGUGUGAGUGAGGUAGGACUGGGAGGAGAUUCAGACAGGGAGGUGAAGAGUGAGACAGUGAGGGCCUGUUGGCCGCAGGAAGGGUUUUGACUUUUAUUCCAUGUGAGGUGAGCCAUAGAGGGUUCUGAGCAGAGGAGGGACAUGCCCUGACUCAGGUGUUCACAGGCACUGUCUGGCCACUCUUGGGGAUCAGGGGCAGGAGCCAGGUGAUCGAGGCAGAAGCGCCUAGUUCAGGGGGGUGAUAGUGGGGCUCUGUCCAGGGUGGGGCCCUGGAGGCAUGAGAAGUGAUUGGAUUCUGCAUACAACUUGAAGGCAGAGCUGAUAGAAUUUGAUGCUGGUUUGAUGUGGAAAGGGGUGAAAGAACAGGAGACAAGGAUGAUGCCAAGGUUUUGGCCUUAUCAUCUAGAAGGAUAAAGAGGGUGGGGCAAAUUGGGGAGGCAAAAGGGAGCUGGUUUGGGGUGUGAUAUAUUUGGGGUGUCCCAAAUGUGAUAAAAGGCCAGGAGAAGCCAAGGAAGCAGUUGGCUCUCUGGGUCUAGAGUUUGGGAGGAAUCCUGGCUGGACUUCUAAAUUCAGGAGUCAUCAGCAUAUGAUUAAAUCAAGAUCUGGAGCUCUGAGGAGUACUUGAGAAUGCAGGAAUGUGUGUGUGGGGGGGCUGUCACUUGCAGAAUCAUGAAACAGCUGGCAGGAGGAAGCUGUGGUCUGGGAGAGUGGCUGGCACAUUAAUGAAUGAGUGAAGUCUGGGGUACUGUUGGGGGGCAUUUCAGAUAACAGAAGUUGGGGAGAAGUGGACAAGGGAAGAUUCCAUGUGAAUCUGGAAGAAUUCCCAAACCUUACUUAAUACAUUACACUGACAAUGUUUGAGUAUAAACAACAUUUUAUUGAGCACCUAUUAUGUACCAAGGAGUCCCUGGGUAGCACAAGUGGCUACUACUAAAACGUUUGCAUUUUGAAUCCACUCUUAGACACCUCGAAAGAAUGGCCUGGUGAUCUAAAUUAUGAACAGUCACAGCCAUUGAAAGCCCUAUGGAUUGCAGUUCUACUUUGAAACGCAUGGGGUGGCCAUGAGUUGGGAAUUGACUUCACAGCAACUGGUUUGGUUUGGUUUUGGUUAUUACGUAGUAAAGGCUUUAAAGCUGUCAUUUUAUUUCAUCCUCAGGACAACUCAAUGCGGUAGGCAUCCAUCUCCAUUCUAAGAAUAAAGGCAGGAUGCACUGGUGGAAGCCUUUCAGGCAAUAGGGAUGAGAAGUAGAGCUGGUGUUAAGGACCCCCUGUUCAAAGAAGUUGGAGGAAUCUCCGGCCCUUAGCCUCUUUGCCAAAGCCAGGCUGCACACAGGAAGUGGGUCACUGGGGAAAAGUCAAAGGGGGAGUGAAGGUGGGGAUGGGGGAAAAGAGAAGUUCACAAACGGCUUUUGCAGACCUGGAUCCGCGGACUGCGUGCUGUGUUGUGUCGGCUUGGUCCUCUGCCCUUGGGCUUCCUAGGUCGGAGGGUCUCAGGCCAGAUUCUCCUC